CUUGUCGAUUGUCUGAACUCAAGGGCGAAUCUCUAGACCUGUAGUGUGCUUGGUGUACUUACUCUAGCAACUGUCCUCAGUAUUUAUUACUGUCAUGCAUGGUCUAUUACUCACCAGAAUAAACUGGUAGAAUAUAAUCAUUUCGAAGAAAUCUUACUGAAAACUUGUUGGAGGUUUUUUUAAAUACUAUCGAAAACCUGUAUAUGUAAUGCUGCGGAUUUUAUCCCUCGAAUCCACACAUUUUAUAAAAGUUCCUGCAGGCGAAAACAGGACUUUUAAAAAAGAGAAACUCAGAAUUUCCUUUGCUUUUAUAAAGAUUCCCAAAAUGUGCUAUUAGUUCGCUCAUAAUUUCGGAAGGCACAGUAAACGUAUAAAAUCACUCUUCCAUAUAUUCAGUGACGUUGGAAGAAUCUCCUGAUUCUCAAAAGGAAAUGUCUCUACUUAAAGUUCAGAAAUCUAGAUCGUUAUAACAUCUUUUUCCCUCAUUUGUGCCUUUAUAAAUCUGGUCGUCUAGUAACUUCAAAAAGUUAGCUGUUGCUUAUAUCACACCACAUCAUUGGUACCUGAUAUAAAAAUAGGCGGUUCUGACCAGAUGGCAUAUUAUCUACUUACAAGAAACAAUAGUUAUGUUAUCAAAGUAGUCUUGCAGUCAACACUAGAAGUACCUAACAUCUUAUUUAUGUUAUGCUGUAACAAGAAGUAUCGUAUCAUAAAUGUCGAUAUAUUUAAAUGAACCGAACACAUGCAAAACAUCUCACGUAAAUUCCUCUUACAUUGCCUUGUGAAAAGUAAUUAAAAUAAUUUUUAGCAUUGCUUCUAACUUAGAUUGAAAGCACUCUUGAAAAAUAAAAUAUUGGUCAAUGAUACGACGAAGUUAUCAAUAUUUAUAUCUCUUUGAUCAUAAGCAUCUGAAACAAUACGCCGGUUAAAGGAAUAAAUGAAAAGGGAAAAUACUCCAUAGAUUAGUAAAUAUCAUGAAGUCUCAUCCCCAGGCUUUGUUGACGCGAUACAUGUAUCAAGUGUGCAUAUGGACUUAAGAAAAUAAUGUUUACCAGGAUAGUUUGCACGGAAAUUUUUAUGCAAAAUAAGCGACUUGCUGUAAAUCCAAUUAGUACUUUAGAAGCCUGUUGAAAGUGUUUAUUAAUUGACAAAUUUUACAUAAACCUACGAACUAGAAACAUCAACAUAAAAAUAUUAAGCAUAUAAAAAUAUAAUAAACAGUCUUGAUUGAUUUAUACUUACAUUUUCUUUCGAUACUAGACCACGUUUAUUUUAUCUCUCACAUAGUGCAUUAAGCUUUAACUAUCGAAAUACUUGACCUGUCAAAUGUCUCAGAUAAGGAACAACUUUUGAGCCUAGAACACAAGACACCUGGACAGUAGUGUUUGCUGUGUCUAUAACUUACUGUAAAUCUUAAUGGGAGAAUCUGUCCUUAUUAAAACCCAACUUGUUGUCUGUCCCGUAGAGAGCAUGAAUAGUUGCAAGUUCCAGUAGCAUUGCUGACCACUGACAAUUUUGUAACCUUAUUUGCAAAAACUAACAGUUACAACUCACAAACUGACCAGGGAGUUUUGAUCCUUUAAUGCAGUUUCUAUCGUACGCAGUUUUUCUGAUGUCUGAAGUGGAACUUCCAAAGGAAAUAGGUUACAAUCAUAUACCUCACUUGGAUUUAUAUUAUGUAUUGUUAAAGUGAUUUUGAUAACACUAUUACAUAUCACAUAUUCAGUUUCUUUAGAGGAAUAUGACGAAAUGGCGUAUGCUGUCCCUACAGAAAGCAUCGAUAUUGAUUUGUUUCUGAAAUCACAUUCAUCAUAUAAUAAGUACACCACUUCCCAAAAGAAUCUGAACGCAACUGUUUUAGCAUAUGUAACGCCUUGGAAUAAACUAGGAUACGAAGUAGCAAAAAUAUUCGGUGCUAAAUUCAACCUUAUUGCUCCUGUGUGGUUUGAAGUCCAAGGUGAAAAAAAGGCAUAUACAGUUACUGGGAUCCCUGAAAUUAACACUGAAUGGCUUAGUGAAAUUCGCACUGUGAAUCCUGAUGUAAAGAUAGUACCUCGAUUUUCCUUCGGUCCAUGGGAAGACCGAGAUUAUGCCGCAACUUUAAAAGAUGUUCCUAAAACAGAUAAAUGUAUUCGAAAUGUGAUCAAUAUUUUAAAGAAAUAUAAUUUUGAUGGUGCAGUCAUAGAAAUAUGGGCACAGUUCUCUGGUGUAGAAUUACAAUCACUAAUAGAUUUUAUAGUACGACUUUCUGAUAAUUUACAUUCAAACGGCAAGCUUUUUGUGCUCGUUAUCCCACCUCCUGUUUACUAUGAAGGCAUAGAAGGAAGAUUUAAAGAAGAAAAUUUUAAAAUAUUGGCCGAUUACGUUGAUUAUUUUAGCUUAAUGACCUACGACUAUUCUUCACCUCAUAGACCUGGGCCUAAUAGUCCUUUGAGUUGGGUAGAAGAAUGCAUUAAUCGUUUGGUUCCAAAGAAUUCUUUAAACCAGGCAAAAUUGCGUAAACAAAUUUUAGUGGGUUUAAACUUUUAUGGAAUCGAUUACUUGCCUAAAAAAUUAAUCGGUGAACCUAUUAAAGGCAAUGAUGUUAUUGAAAUAUUUGAAAAGUAUCAACCGGAUUUUAAAUGGGAUAAAAAAUGGGCUGAACAUAGCUUCUCUUACAAGGAUAAAAAAUCGCAAGAUCAUUUGGCCUUCUAUCCUACCUUGAUGUCGAUAGCACAACGUCUACAAACUAUACUAUCCAGAGGUACGGGUGUUUCUAUCUGGGAGAUAGGACAAGGACUAAAUAGCUUUUAUUCACUGUUCUAAUGUAAAAUUUUACAUACCGUCAUGGCAUAUAUGUGCACUUUUUUAUCUUUUGGAAAUAUAUUUUCAUACAUCGAAUUACAUUCACUUUUGUUGUAUAUAAUGUAUAGACAUACUUUCGAUUGUAUGGUGCUGUUUUUUUUAAACUAAGC